GAGAUGUGUUUAUAUAUAUAUAUAUAUCCACCAAAAAGAUAUAAUUUUUAAAAACAAUAAUAAAUAAAUCAUAAAUAAAAUAAAACAUCUCUAAGAAAUUUAAUUCAAUAUAAAUAAAUGACAACUCUUGGUUACUGGGGCAUCAGAGGUUUGGCUCAACCUAUCCGUUUCUUACUUGCCUACUUAGGUGUCUAAUACACUAAUAAGGCCUACGCCAAUCCUGAAGAAUGGUUCGGAAAGGAUAAGAAUGAACUCGGCUUUGACUUCCCCAACAUUCCCUACUUAAUUGAUGGUGAUCUUAAACUUACUGAAUCUUCUGCUAUUCCUAUUUAUCUUAUCAGAAAGCACAAAAGAAACGAGUUGUUAGGAUCUUCUGCUGACGGUUCUUACAGUGAAAAGGAAGUUAGAGUCGCUUAAAUUGUUGGUGUUAUUAGAGAUCUUUUUAAGGAACUCACAGGCUUAUGUUUCAACCCUGACUUCAAAAACAUUAAAGAAAAGCUCUACACUGAAAAGCUCGAACUCUUAAUUAAGAGACUCGGUGCUUAUCUUGGUGAUAAGGAAUUCAUAGUUGGUACCUUGACUUAUGCUGAUUUUCUUUUCUAUGAAGCCCUCAGCUAUAUUAGACAUAUUUAUCCCCAAGCCAUUUGUGCUACUCUUACUGCUUAUAUCAACAGAUUUGAAAACCUCCCUGGUAUUAAGGAAUACAUUGCUAGCCAUGCCUAAGAACUUAAGGUUUUCUUACCUCCUCAAAGAGCUACCUGGUCUGGUCCUUAAUGAUUUAAUUUAAAUAAGAACAUUAAAUUUAUUCUAAGUAUUUUUUAUAUUUUCAUAUCUAUCUUGCAAAAGAAUUUAACAUUCUUUUUAAUUAUCAAAAA